CAUGAGAUUCGGUCAAUUUGGUGCAAGCUGGAUUAUUUGGCAAACAAAACCUAAUUACUAGUUAAAAACUGAAGGCAGACGUUCACUGUUCUACCAAGAAUUUAGACAUGAAUACAGACAACCUCCACACUUUCUCUUUCUGCAUAUUAUCUCUCAUCAUCAUCACCUCCAAAAUCUGCCAUGGAGCAGACUACCGAUACGAAGCCUGCGCGCCGGCGAAUUGCGGCAACGGUCCCAACAUAAGCUACCCAUUUUUCCUUCCAUCUCAACAAAGACAACAAUCCUACUGCGGCUUCCCAGUCUUCGCGGUCAACUGCAGUAGCAGCGGAUUUCCACUUCUUCGCCUGUCGGAAAAUGAGUAUAUAAUCGAAGACAUUUUUUACCACAACCAAUCUAUCCACGUGGUUGACGCCGCAGUGCAAUCAUCAUCAAAUUGCACAAUAUAUUCAAGCCGAAACACGACUCUCCCUGCCGGCAAAUUGAAUUACGUCGGCGGCGAAGAUUUCCUUCUGUUUUCCGGCUGCGGUAACGUGACGGGCGAGCUACUGAGGUACCAGGUUGCUUGUCAUAGUAGUGCUACGGUGACGGAGGCCGGUGGAAGUCGUGCACCGGCGUCCACCAACACUCCAUCGGUGACCAUCACCAAUUCAUCGUCGACGGGGAUCACCAUCUCCUCGGUAACGAAUAGUUUGGCUAUGUAUGGCGGCAAUGGAAAUUUGGGGAGAGCGGUUGGCACUUGUGUGGCGAGCGUGGCCGUACAUGCGGAGUUGAAUGAGGAUGAGAGAGGAGAAGAAGUGGUGGAUGUUGCGGCGGUUUUGGGGAGGGGAUUCGUGAUGAAUUGGACGGCAGCGAGUGAUUGUAGUGCUUGCCAAGAGAGCGGCGGCCGCUGCGGUUUUGAUGAGAAUUCUGACCGUUUUAGGUGUUUCUGCCGUGACAGGCCGCAUUCUACGAGCUGUGGACCAGGAGAGACCAUACUCAAUAUGCUACUUUACAUAGGUGGUCCUAUAGCCGCUCUUACAUUCUGUUUGAUAGUUGCAUAUGUUUUCAUUCGGAGGAAGCGUGCCAAGGCAAAACAAGCGCAAGAAAAGGACAUCAAGCACUUUCUGGAGAAGAACGGAAAUCUUGCACCAAUUAGAUACAAAUACUCCACCAUCAAGAAAAUAACAAACUCAUUCAAUGAAACUUUGGGGAAAGGAGGAUUUGGCAAUGUUUACAAAGGAAAGCUUCCUAAUAGUCGUCUUGUUGCAAUCAAAGUCUUGAACGAUUCAAAUGGAAACGGGGAAGAUUUCAUGAAUGAAGUCGCUAGUAUUAGUAGAACUUCCCACGUUAAUAUUGUUCCGUUGUUGGGGUUUUGUUUUGAAGGUUCGGAAAGAGCUCUCAUUUAUGACUUCAUGCCUAAUGGUUCUCUAGAAAAGUUCAUUGGCAACAAUGCUUCUUCAUCCCAAGAGUCCGCGUUGGGAUGGGAUAAGUUGUUUGAGAUCGCUCUUGGGAUAGCUCGAGGGCUUGAGUACUUGCACCAAGGUUGUAAUACGAGGAUUUUGCAUUUGGACAUCAAGCCUCAGAACAUUCUCCUCGAUGAGGACAUGAAUCCAAGGAUUUCAGAUUUUGGGCUUGCUAAGUUGUGUCCGAACAGAUCAGGCAUAGUCUCUAUGAAGGGGACAAGAGGUACAAUAGGGUACAUUGCCCCUGAAGUGUUUUAUAGAAACUUCGGAGAAGUGUCUUACAAGUCUGAUGUGUAUAGUUAUGGGAUGUUGGUUUUGGAAAUGGCUGGAGGAAAGAAGACCAUUGAUCGCAGAGAUGUAGAUCGUACAAGUGAAACAUACUUCCCAAAUUAUAUCUACAAGGAAUUGGAGGUCAAUGCAGAAAGAGCAAUGAAUGAAGAAGCUGAAGCUGAAAGCCAACCUUUGAAGAGAAACAUGAUCAUUGUUGGAUUGUGGUGCAUUCAGACAAAUCCUAAGGACCGACCGUCGAUGACGAGGGUGGUAGAGAUGUUGGAAGGGAAGCUUGGAUCAUUGGAGGUUCCACCUAAACCUUACCUUCAACCAUCCCCAAGAGCAGCACCAACCUAUUCAACUUCUGAAUCUUCUUCAUUGCUAAGGUGAGUAAUGUGAAAUUUUAGUGUAGCAUUAUUGGAACUUAAUCCAACUAUUUACAUUUUAUUUCAUCCCACAUUCAUCGGGAUUUGAAUUUAUAUUCACAUUGAUGUAUCUGGAUAUUUGACCUAUCUUUAUAUGUACUAUCGUAGGCCGACUCUACAACAAUUCCCCUUCACAUAUAAAUCUUAGAACAAUUCUCUCCUUAAA